UAUAUUCUACUCUAAAAUACAGCCUACGUUCAAUAUCGCAGCUAUAAAGCUACAAGCAAGUAUCACUAGGUGUUAGCUCUUGGCAUACGGCAAUAAUGACCAGCUACAUGGAUAGUAGACGAAACUCUGCCCCUAAAAAUGAUAUUGAGAAGUGUGUUCUUCAACUCUCCGAGACCCAAACCUACAUCAGGGACAAGGAAAAACGGCUAACGGAGGAAAGGGAUAGGUUCGAGAUUGAAAAGGCGAGAAAUGAGCAGGAGUUGAGGCGCGCUGUGGAAAUACACGAGGAGCGCGUCACUGCAGCCAAGGACGGACUGAAGGAGGAGCGAAAAGCGUUUGAAGAAACUAAGACUGGAGCUAGUCCGUUACCUGUAGCCGAAAAGAAAACGCACAUAAUAACGCUGAAUGUGGGUGGCGAAAAGUUCUGGACAGACAUUCGCACCCUACAAGGCCAGCGCGAUUCUAUCUUUCCUGACCUCAUGAAGAAAAUCGGCGAUCGACGGAAAGAUCGUAACGAAACCUGCGUCUUCAUCGACCGCGACAGCAAACACUUUCGCUUCUUCCUGAACUACAUGCGACAGGGAGAGGAAGUGUUCCGUUUAACGGCGCUUCGCGGCAAAGAUACUGUAGACCUGGAAGAAAUGAUAUGCGAAGCCAGAUAUUACCGACUAAACGGAUUUAUGAAGCUGCUGGAGCGCCACAGAGUUCGACUCGUCCAUAAGACACCUACAACCUUUGCAAAUCUUGUGGGAAAGAAAUAUUUCAAGCUUCCAAUUAAUCUCAGUCUUCAAAACCAACCUCAUGAAACAACGCAGCAGAAUCUGUUUAAGAAUAUGAACAUGGCUGGAAUCGAGUUUGAAUGUGUCCACUUCAAGCACAGUGUCUCUUUCGAAGGCAGUAUCCUAGUCGGCGCAAAGUUCAAAAGGUGUCGAUUUGAUGCGAUCAUAGAUUUUACCGAUGCCGACAUCACGAAUGUUAGUUUCGACCAUUGUGUUCAUGCAACUCCCGAUCGGUUUAUGAUGGAUGGUGUGGUAGCUGAAAAGUGUAGGGUGACGUUUAACCCACCUGUGGAUCUUUCAAAGUACUCAAUUACCUACACAGCAUAGUAGAGUUUGUGGACGACGUCAUGUAGCUAUUUUGUAUACAUAGCUGGGCCUUUAGUAAACUACCUCACGUUUGAAAACACAAAACAAAACAGUUUCGACAAAUAAUAUAGCUCUAUACUUUUGUGUAUCACCUAUAAUACACUUGUGCACUAUGCUUAUAGAAAGUAUAUUUUGAAACUAUAAGAUGUUUUGGGAUGUAGUCAUUCCUUGUUGCAUGGUGUUAUUCACCAUGCAGGAUGGAACAGGGGUGGAGUUGGUGACGGUUCCCUGGGUGUUCUCACAGACGUAGAAGUCUGAAGCCCAGCCUGACACAUGCACAUUGUCGAGGGUUAUCCCGCGGCAGGGAUUCGACUCUGCACAGCGCAGUACACCUGCAUUGAGCCACCCGUUAUCCGAUGUCACAUUCUGGAGUAGGAUGUUGGUUACGUUCACCAGGGGUUGCGGAGGCGGCCAUAUCCCAUCUCCUCCUCCGUCCGGCUCUUUCUGCUGCUGUGGACCAAUGUAUAUGGGCCAGAGAAUAGGAUCGUGGAUGCUGAUGUUCUGAUAGUUUAUAUUGUCGAUGAUCCCAAAUCCGUCCUUACCAGAGUUGGUCUUUACAUAGAUGGCCUUUAGAGGGUUAGUGAAUUCCACGUUUCUGAUCCAGACGUCUCGAAUGCAGUUUAUGUCAGAGUCAGGUGGAACCGAGCCGAUGCUCAUUCCAACACCAAAGAUGACUUUAGCGCCGUCAACAGUCACGUUUUGUGUGCACCCGUCAGUCAAAAGCUUUCCGGGUUUCACAGCGACGACAUCAUCGAAAUUCUGACAGGUGAUAUUCUUGAUGAGGAUGUUCCUGCCUGAUGGAUCAAUCCCGUCUGUGUUGAGUGGGAACAUGGGAAGAUUCCAAGCCCCACUACCAGAUGUAGAUCUCUUGACCUUUGCCUUUUCGAGUAGAUCUCGCUGAGCUGUGACAUCCACCCAAAUAUAAAUGUCGCGAACAAUGAGGUCGGUCAUAUUUGACAGGUGGAAGUGGUAGCGUGGAGAGUUGUAGACUCUCAGGCUUUCCACCACAACGUUUGUACAGUUUGUCAUUUCCACCAUAUUCGGGCGAGUCUUAUCGAUGAAAUUAAACACCGUGUUUACCCACCAUUUGUAGCCCUGUCCUCUAAUGGCACCCAAGUAAUGUCCGGUCAAGACAAAGUCCUUGCAGUUCUCGAUCUGCAGAAUGUUGAGGUAGUCGUUUCCGUCGUACGGCCAGGCGGUGAUGUUGGACACAGCGAUCAACUCGCCCUCUAUCCAGAGCUGGAUCCCGUCGGCAAUGUCGCUUACAACUGAGGAAAAGGUGUAGUAGUGUGAGUAGCGCGGUACGAGGACGGCUUCACCGGGAGCAGCUUUCUGCAGGGCCUCAGCGAUUGCGUGGCUGUUGCUGACGGCAGCGCCGACGGACGAGUCGUUGGCGAUGGCUCCGUAGCUGUCAAUAGAGACUACUGUGAUCCCUGUCGCAACUUCAAGACUGAGCAACUGGAACGCCAAAGCUACCAAGAUAACGAUGGAGGUCUUCAUGACGAAGAUCGGAUGAUGAGCAAAAAGCCCCCAUCAGCCCCACCUUCUAAAGUCACGUGAUCAAUAUUUGCGCAUGCGCAAAGCGAAGUAAUUUGCCUUAGGGGAUCGGAGAAAGCACUACCGACCGCAUACGUCGCGCGUUGCCGGCGGGGACCCUUGGCGCUGAGCUGUCAUGGCUACUGCACCGACAUCCGUUGAAACGUUGACCACAGACGAUGCCAUAAGUCUACUGGAAGAGUUAUUGCCAGCACACACACAUUCAUACCUCCUUGGACUUAGACUGGGGCUGCCUGUUCACGUUGUCGACGGUAUUUUCGCGGCGCACCUUCAUCCCCGCGAUCGCCUGCUCCACAUCUUGAUAGCGUUCUUGAACCAGGAGGGGGCGCAGCCGACGUGGGGCACCGUCGUGCAAGCUCUCAGAAGUCCAGCAGUCAGUCUGUUUCAACUGGCCAAUAAAUUGGAGGCGACACACAUCUCUGACUCCACUGCUACCACACGUAAUGCCCCUACCACAACCACUGAAACUACUGUCUAUGAGGCCGGAAUGAGGGGUCCUACUAUGGCUUCUUCAACAGGGAAUGACUCUUCUUUGAAAGUUGCGACGAUGCAGCUAGCCUCCUCUCGGCCAGAAUCUCCCAUUCCAGAUCCUCUGACAAGCCAGUAUGUACAAGCAAAGAUCAAGGCAUUUGAAAGAAGGUUCAACAGCAUAAAGAGAGCCAGCAGAUCUAAUCUUGAGAAGAGAAAGGUGUCCGUGAAACAAGUUGCGGAUGCUCUUAUGGAUCUCCCAGUCGACGACAUGGAGGAACACAAACAGUUCCUAGAGAGUCACCUCGGUGUUCUUUACCAGGCGCACGAUCAAUCGGAGCUCUUUGGAGCACUCAGUUUCAACAUGAACUACCUCUCUUACCAGCUUCUCGACUACGUUGUCUGCGAGUUUGGGCUAGAGGUGAAGGAAGAGAUGGAGCGGUAUAAGAGCGACCUGCGGAGGUUCAGGGAGUCGACACCGCUCCUGUUGUUCUGUCGGACCCAGAGAAAGAGAUACGUUGAGCCGCCGUCACGGUUUGUGGAGGUGGUGGCCAAGUUUGAGUGGCCAGAAGACGUCACACUCGAGGUCGUGGAGCAGUUUAGACAGGAGUACGCCUGUCACUACAAUCUCCGUGAGUGUGCCAUGAUGCUAGCCGAGAUCCGCCCGGGUUCAUUUGUCAUUGCUUGGUUCAUUCCUGACUGCAUCGUUGCCACGUUAAUGUCAAACCUUCCCGAAGGUGUCUUAGAAAAGUAUGCAACAGCUGAACUCCUCGUUGCUGGAAAACUUGUGUACGCCACUGAUGAACCAAAGAUGAAGCAGGAAGUGGAAUUGGCGGGCAAAGGAAUGGUACUGGACUCUCCCGUAGAAGAAAUAUCUGGACGUGCACUAUCCAUGUGCAUAGGCACACGGCCAACUGAAAGUGAUUCCGAAGAUGACGAUGUUUCAGAGGAAGAGGAGGAAUUCAAUCUCACGGAAAAUGAUUGCCUCUUUGUGAACAGGCCAAGCCAUGAACUAUUCUGCCCAAUAACAACUAAUCUACUUCUCCAACCACAUCUCACGUCGUGCUGUGGCAAUCACCUCUCCCAGGAGGCUGCUUUGAGGAUAAAGAAAGUUGCAAAAGCAUGCCCAAUGUGCAAUGCAACUCAUUGGGAUACAAUGCUAAACAAACACUUUCGACGUCAGAUCAACAGUUUGAGGAUGUUUUGUACCUACAAGGCAAGGGGUUGUAGAUGGCAGGGGGAGCUUUUACUGUUGGAGCAUCAUGUGAGGUCGUGUGCUUUGGCAGAAGCUCCUAUCACCACUGAACUAGGCCACUACAUUACCAUAAUCCCCUCCAAGCCCAAUGCUGUAGAACACUACCAUGCACUUGAAGAAAGUACUCUUCGAGAACUUCCACUGAAAGACGACCUGCAAGAACUCCUUGAUGACUUUGCGUGGCAAGCCAGUGAAAGGAGCAUGGUCAUCCCGAAGCAUCACAUUCAGCUGCAGGAUCUUGUUGGUCAAGGUGAAACUGGCAUAGUUUACUGUGGAUACAUUUAUGGGGACUUUGUUGCUGUUAAAAUGUCUAAAGCACUAUCAUCAACUGAAAGUAAAAAGCAACUUGUGAUGGAAGCAAGAAUAAUGCUCAAUUUGAAUCACCCGAACGUCAUGCCACUCAUUGGGGUUGCCCUGGAUGAAGAGAUGCCCCUACUAAUCAUACCUUUUAUGAUUAACGGGACUCUACUUCAUUACUUGAGGAUAAACAAAGGCUCUUUGUACCACACUCAAGAAGCCAUACAUGAACAGGUGGAAGUGGCUAGAAGGUCAUGUCUGGAUAUGUGCCACCAAAUAGCAAAGGGGAUGACCUACAUUGCUCAAAGUGGUGUCAUUCAUCGUGAUGUUGCAGCACGAAACUGCCUGAUUGGAGCAGGUGGACGUAUUAAGGUGUCUGACUUUGGAAUGGCCAGUAGAGAGAGGUUCAGAGGGUUACUAUCGAGUUGCCUCUGGGAAGAGGGAGAAAGUUCCAGUCAAAUGGAUGGCUCCAGAGAGCAUUGAGGAUCAUAUCUACACCCACAAGACUGACGUGUGGUCUUUUGGUGUGACAUGCUGGGAGGUGUUCACUUGCGGUGCUGUUCCCUAUCCUGGACUCAAUCCACUGAAUGUUCCAUGGGAACUAAAACUUGGCUGCAGACUGGAGAGACCAAGCAGUGCUGUCUGUUCUGAUGAAAUAUGGAGCAUGCUGCUGCGGUGCUGGUCUGACGAUCCAAAAGAUCGGCCAAACUUCCCCACACUUAUGGAGAUAUUGUUCAGUCUUCUGGACAGUGACCCCACCUACAUCAACCUCAUUUCCUAAAGACUUUUUCUGUUUUGUUGACAUUUUCUAUAGUAUAUACUAUGCGUGGGUGUAUCAAAAGUACCACCUGUGCUAUAAAUUCCAUGUUGCAAAUGUUUGUGAUAUAUAUGGAAAAUGUAGUAUGGUUUCGAAUUUUCACUCCAGAAUGCAAAACGGCCCCCACUCGGGAGCGAGUGUCACGUGAUCCUGUCGCUCUAAACUCCCGUGAGAUACAGUGCUG